UCCUGGAAAGGAAAGUUUUUAACUCUAGGUUUUGCUGUUUCAUCACUGGUGUGGAAAGGUUUUCACCUACCAGGAUCAGUCAAACAACACAAACUAUGUCAUGAGCUAAAGACGCCGAAAGAGCAGCAUUCGCCAGUGACUAACGAGAAAUCUCAGAAUCCAUAACACUAAAUCAUGUUGGGGAAAAAAUUGGUGACCUCACAGAAGCGAGGGGAGACCAGGGCAUUAUGCCUGGGACUAGGAAUGGUUGCAUGCUCAGUGAUGAUGUACUUUUUUAUUGGGAUCACAAUUAUGCCAUCCUACGUGAACAGUGUUUGGACCAAAGAAACUACAUGCAAACUGCUCAAAACCAACAUCAAGGACAAAGUCCAAUGCUCGUUCAACAAUGGUGCAGGCGACGAAAACAUUUUCCAGUAUCCUUGUCUAGAGGUGUUGGUUGAUUUGAACUUCUCAGGACAAGAGGUUAUGCUCUAUCAUAAUGAAGAAACACAGGAAAGAAAUCCCAAGUGCUCCUAUAUUCCACGAGACUUGAAGAACGACAAAGAAGUUAAAAUGCUAAUAGAAACUGCCGCAGAAAAUUUCCGAAAGCAUCAGACUUUCCCUUGUUAUUACGACCCAGAACAAAGACAGACAAGUGUCAUUUUAAUAAGGCUAUAUCCUCCAAAGGGCCUUUUCUUCGCUUUCCUCUGGCCUUCCCUUAUGUUGACUGGUGGAGUUCUGAUUAUCAUCAUGGUGAAAGUCAGUCAAUAUGUUUCUGUACUUUCUGCUUGGCAAUACAAAACAAACAUAUAAUGGUCCACAAAAAAACAAGCUGA